ACCCCACAAUCAAGCUUGAUGACACUGAUGUCCCUGCCUCCUUCUUCAUCUCUCUUCAGUCUUCUCCAGCAGGUAAACAGUGACUGAAGCAGGUCCUAGCAGACUGGUCCCUCAGGUCUGAAUCUGUAAUCACUCUUAGAUCUCAGACAUGAAAGACUUGCGUACAUCUUCCCAAAAAAAAAAAAAAAAAAAUGCCUUCUGAGGUGCCAAGUUGUGCUUCAAAUGGUAGGAUGUUGAGAGGAGAAGAAAGUUGGGGAAGAAAUAAUAGCUUGUGAUCAGACGCCUCUUAUAAGGAGUGGGCAAGAGGAUUUUUGUCUUUGUAAAAGCAAUCAGAGCGAUUUCUUAAUCACCGUUUUUAUCAUUAUCAGAAGUUAAACUUGCACAUAAAGGUGUUUUUUAAGCUCCUUACCCAAACCCAUUAAAAGGUCUUGCAGAGGGCUUGAAACGGGAUCAGUUUAGUCAUUAUUUGAGGGGCAACAGGCUUCCCAAAAACUAACUCUUCAUCAUUUCUACCUUAAAUGAAAUAAUCACAAUUAAAACGUUAUGAACUUUAAAGAUUGAAAAUAAUCAGACUAUUUGCCAAAGGUUAAGCCUUUUAAUUUCUAAAAACUGGAAUUAUAAUUAACCGUGUUACCUUGUGUCUGGGGCCUACACUGGCAAGAAUACAAAACAUCUUUGUCUUAUGUUCAUACUGUUAUUGUGGUACACACACUGAACAAAGAUCCCAUAAGGUCAAUCAUCAGUUCACCAGUAAAGUAAUAAUUAAUGUGCAAAUAUUUAUAUGUCUGUUUCUUUCUCAGUCUUGGAUUUGAACAAGGGUUUGGCGAUAGAGGCAGAGGGCCUUUCAGUGUCUGCUGUAUAUUUACUGUUGGAACUCUGCUGCCAUCUCGUUGUCACAACUGAGACUGCGGGCAAAUAUUGGCUUGACACACAACGGCACCGAUUAGAAGGUAUCACUGCGCUUAAAAAAUAGUUCUUGAUGUUUUCGACUGAUUUAUUACUCUAGCAACCUUUGAAUUACAUAGUUUAAUAAAAAAUUGUGUGUAAGUGUGUUUUUUGUAAAUAUAUAUGACUUAUGUAAUCCAGAACGUGUUCGUUUUGUGUUGUUGCAGCCGUAUUAAUUCUCUAAGUGAAAAGGCCAACAAAGACUAUGCAGCGGUUUUUUAAUUAGUCAUAGUGGACGCGCGUGUCGUGUUGAACUUCGACGUUGAAGUGUCUUAAAGAAACUUUCUUCAAAAGUAAGUAAACCGCUAAAACAUUUCCUAGAACACAUUUGAUUAUGCAUAAUUCAUAACGUGUAAGAUUGGACCGCUUUGUCUUAACAUUUAAGACAACAUUUUUUACGCUAGCGGUCCAAUAAAACUGUAAAGUAACACCGUCUGAGUGGUUUUUGGCGAAAUAAAAGAAAACGGUUAAUAAAUGUUAUAAGUACCCCGUCUUGAGCCAUACAUUUUACUUUAAUCGAUGUUUUUUUUUAUUUUUUAUUUGGCACUUAUCUUUUUUGCGUUAGGCUGUCACUGUCAGCUAAAAUGGCCGUUUGUUGAGACAUAUGCGUUGACGCCAUCUUGUCUGCUAAACUAGUAAUACACAAUGUUCAUUUUACCUUUUUUUAAUGUUUGAGAAGCAGUAACGAUAUUUCUGUGAGUUCAGAUCCUUUUUGUAGUACAUAAAAGUAAGUAAAGACUAACUUUUAAUUUCUCUCGAGGCUCAUUUGUCUUUUUUUAAAACUCGGUUUGCUUACUUAUCGUUUAACUCGAUAUUAAUUUAUUAGUUUGGUUUCUUGUUCUUAGUAUUGUGUUUUAUUUGACUUGUUGGACAGAGCGGUACAGUUAAAGACUGUAAAAAUGACCGGUCGGGCACGUUCAAGAGCAAGAGGCAGAGCACGUGGUCAGGAGAUUUCAGCACCUGGAGCGGUAAGAGAAGACUUUAUUACUUUAAUAUAGUUUUUAAAUAAGAUACCAGCAGGGCUCUCAAGUUUUGAUCUAAGAUUGGAGUGAGAUUUUUAUUUCUUUUUUUGGAGGGGGGACAAGGGUGAAGAGUGAUCGAAGAUAAUGUAUUAGCAUAAUAAUCUAAUAAAUACACUGUCAGUUAAUAUUGACGGUCAAGAAAUUGAGUUUGUGUCUUCUUUUAAGUACCGGGGUUUUUACUGGAUGAAAACUUGUCUUUUAAAGGACAUAUUCAGCAUGUUGUUAGAAAGCUGAAAGUUUUACUACAGAAACAAAUCCUGUUUCUCUUUUAAUGUUAAAAAGAGACUCGUGGAGUCGACAUUCUUACCUCUUCUUGAUUAUGGUGAUGUCUUAUACAUUAAUGCCUCUGCCCAGAGUCUGAGAUUUAUAACAAAUUGUGGAUUUUUAACUCAUCGCUGUACUUUACACUCCAAAGUCAGAUGGACUUCUUCGAGUACUCGUCGGCUUGGUCAUUGGUACGUUUUCAUUUACAAAGGCAUUCUUGGAAAAAUUCCGGACUACCUCUCCUCCUAUUAAUCUGAGGAUUACACAACCUGAGAUAUCAUAGAAACUAAAGUGUCUGGUGUGAUAACACAAUGAUAGGUCUGUUGGACAAGAGUAGAUUUUAAGGUUGUUUUAUUAAUUUUUAAAGCUCUUGAUGGUCGUGGUCCUUCUUAUUUGUCUGAUUUUACCGUAUGAACCUAGUAGAGCCCUCAGGUCUUCAGGUCUUUUAAUUGUUCCCAAAGUAAAAACUAAAACAUGCGGUGAAUCAUCGUUCCAAUAUUACGGUCCCCAUCUGUGGAACAGCCUACCUGCAGACCUGAGAGCGCCACCUACUGUUCAUAUUUUUAAAAGUAAACUAAAGACCGACCUUUUUAGUCUGGCUUUUAGUUAAGUUUUGUGUUAACCUUUUAAUCUGCAUUAUGUAAUUUUACCCUAUUUUAGUCCCAGAGUAACUAAUUUGUGUUUUAUAACCUCUUUUUUUAGUUACUUUCUUUUAUUGUUAGAUUUUCAGACUGUUUUUAUUUAAUUAACUUUUAACGCUUUAUCACCUUUAUUUUAUUUUAUCAUGAUUUUAUCGUUUUAGUCAUGGAUCCAGUGUUUCUUCAUUUCUUUUAACUCAAGAUAGCGUUUCCUCAGUCAUCUGUGACAGGUUGAAGAGUCCUCACCUGAUCUUUGUGCAUCUGUGUGAGUGCUGUAUGUGUUGAAUGGGGGUUGGGAGGGUGGGCGGGGUUUGGUAUUUGUAUUUAUUUUAUUUCAUUGUUUUUUAAUAUCCUGCUUGAAUGGACAGCAGCUUUUUCUACAUUAUAUGUAUGAAAAGUGCUUUAAAAAUAAAGUUUGGUUUAUUGAUCGAUUGAGCAAAAAAAAGGGAAUAGGGACUGAAACCCGGUUCUGUUGAAGAUCUCAUUCUGUGGAAAUCAAUAACAGUUGAGCGGACCGAGUCGCAUGUGUCCCAUGACUUAUUAUCCUGCAUUAAAACACAUUAAAAUCAAAUCACUGGGACAAAAACACACAUCGCAUCAGUCAGCUGCUUGUAUGACUCGAUGAUCACUUUUAAACGCCAAGUAAAGAUAGCAGCAACCUUCAUUUUAUUCGACACUAUCCGACUUUGUAUUCCCAACUUUAUUCUUAACCGUCCACUAACUUAACUCCAACUCUUUUGUUUUCCCUGAAGAGCCAGGCCCGAGACCCCACUCCACCCGCUGAGGGGGAGCCCUCUGGGAGGGGGCGGCAGAAGGGCGCUCCCGGACCCUACCCUGCAGAAAGUACUGCCAAACACUCAGUCCAAAGAUUAGUUUGAAUAAUAUCUAAUGGUUUUUAAAAAUACUUUUACAUCGCAGUAACACUGAGUACUUCUGAGUGUCUUGAUUUUUCUCUAUCAGCUCUUAUGCAGAUGUCAGCCGGGUUCAAGCAGGUGAAGCUGGGGGAAAGAGGCGGGCAUCGCCGGGAUUUUAAUGAUGCAGGGAUCAACACGAGGCAUACGAUGGAGCACGUCAAGGAGUCAAAGAUGGGUCAGUAAUCCUGUUUGAAACCGGCACGGAGCGGAUACAGGUUUUUCCUAAAGUUGUGUGUCCUCUUUUUCAGGAACAUCUGGGCGUGUCAUACCGUUGACAGCCAACUUCUUUCGGAUCCUGUCCCGCCCUCAGUGGGUUCUGUAUCAGUACCAUGUGGAUUUCAAACCGCCGAUGGAGUCUCGCCGCCUCAGAUCGGCUCUCCUUUUCCAUCAUGAGGAAACACUGGGCUCGACUCGAGUCUAUGAUGGCGCUACUCUUUUUUUGCCCCACAGAUUACACAGCAAGGUGAUCGAACGAGUCUGAUGAGCUUUAAAAACCAACAUUUCUGACAGCGCUCCUCCUACAGCUCGUUUUCUUCAGGCUGAUGUUCAUUUUUCAUCGUACUUUGAAUUUGAUGUCCCUCAGAUAAAAGUCGAUUUUAUUCAACAAUGUCUUUCUUUGUGUUCAGGAAACCCUGCUCUACAGUGAGACGAGGCAUGGAGAGAAGGUUCAGAUAACCGUCACCUUGACAAACGAACUGCCUCCUACGUCUCCUGUGUGCCUCCAGUUUUACAACAUCAUUUUCAGAAGGUAAAACAAAGAAAACAAAAACAGAAGUGCACAUCAAGUCCUGUCAUCGAACCUCAAACCCAGAAGCUUCAUGGCGGUCGAUUUUCCUUGUGUUCCUACAGGAUCCUGAGAAUUCUCAAUAUGCAGCAGAUUGGACGCAACUACUACAACCCCAGAGAUCCUCUAGAGAUCAAAAACCACAAGUUCGUUCAGCCGCCUCACUCCCAAACACAAACUAAACUUCUGAGACAGUAUUUUUUUAUAUCACUGACCUCUGACCUUGUCCUUUAGCCUCACCAUCUGGCCGGGUUACACCACCACCAUCCUGCGUUACGAGUCGGCCAUCAUGCUGUGCACCGACGUGAGCCACAAGGUGCUGCGCAGUGAGACGGUCCUGGACUUCAUGGUCAACCUGAGGCAGCAGUGUGGACCCCAGCGCUUCGCUGAGAUCUGUGAGAAGGAGCUCGUUGGACUCAUCGUCCUCACCAAGUAUGACUCAUGUUUUCUCACCGGUAAAACUGCGCCUAGAACCGUACACGCCAGCGCCACACCAGUGCUUCGAUUUAGUGUGAAAUAACCUCAAAUGUUAAAGGUGGGGUAGUCAGGAUCUGAUGAAGUUCCAGUUUUUAGGAGAAAUCUGCAGCAGGUCCAGCAGGAAGGUUACAGGGUCCCCAAGAUCCCCAAGCGUCCCCCAUCGUUUAUGUUGACCCGGCUUUUUAGCUCUUGUCCGGUCUACCUCCGUUUUAAGCGCCCGUUAUUCCUCCAGAGUCUCCGGUAUUUACUUUGUUUUCUUGCUUGUGUCGGCAGUCGUGGCCAAAGGAGGAUUCAGACAAUUUUCCGAACUUUCUGGUUGGUUUCUACUGUCCGAUAUUGUAGCACGCUAACUUUGUUUGGGCUCCUGAACGACACGGGGGAGCAGCGUCUGCCUCACAACCAAUCAGGUUAGAGGAGGUGGAGAACGGCUUUGUUUACAGUCAGAAAGAGCGGAGCGCUCUGAAAAUGUUCAAAUGUUGACGACACAGACAGAAGAGAACACAGAGAUAUCAUUAUAUUAUCAAAUGUCAUCAAUAACUAAUAACUAUUGACUGAUAUUAGCCCUCUGGAGUCUGGGGUAUAAUUGGCCGUUUUUGAUUUUACCUUUAUAUCUUCCCUUAAAAACUACUUACCUUACCUUACCUGGGUAUCAUUUUUUUAACACAACCUCCCCUGUGUGAAUUUACAGUUAUUUUAUCAUUUUUAAAUACUGUAUUAACACAAUGGACCUAAAUUCACACACAAAACAUAAAAUCAGAGUGGAAAAAUAACUUUUUUUUUUUACUGUGAAAACCACAAAUAUGUGUGACGAAAACAAAUGCAAAAUUUUAACAAAUAACAGUAAUUUACCUCUAUUUACAUCAAAAUGCAGGCAAUGCUUCAGGCGUUUUUUGUGAUUUUUUUCUGCCUUUGUUUGAUUUGCCUGCAUCUGUGGCUAUGAUGCUGAUGGGCACAGGAUGUAAUUUGUGCAGCAACACAGUCCAAACUAUUUUUAUAACUUUGAAUGCAAAUUCACAGUGUCAUAAAUGGCACAUUUCAUUUGUCCCGCUCCAAAAAACAGUUUCUGUCCACCAAGACACAGAGGGCCACACCACAGGCCUGACACAUCCAUGGUGUGUCAUUCCUCUGUUUGUCCACUUGGAGGCAGCGCUGGCACCUUUUUCUGCCCUUGUUUGGUUGGCCUGCAGGAACGUGAUCUGCCCUCCUGCUCAGGGGAACGCCUGUUUUGUCCACGCCACAAAGCUGACACCCCAGCUCCACCAUGAAGUCUUUGUGAGUCAUGGGCUGUACCUGCUUCGUUUUGCACGUCUCACAGAGCAGGAUGGUUGCGUUUGUCGUGGCAAUGUCCAGGAAGUGCAGCAACACAGUCCUGUACCAGUGAGCAGUUCUUCUGUGGGUGGAGUAAUAUUGAAUGAGCUGGUCUGACAGAUCAACUCCACCCAUAUUUUUAUUGUAGGCUGUGAUUGGUGUGGGAAUGGGGAUGUCUCUCACAGCCCAGUGCCCAUCUCCAUCCUUGACUCUCCUCUGCACUGUCUCACCUGAAAAUGCAGGAUGGAUGGUGGAGCACACAGACACCUCCCGUGUGUCCAUCCACUUUACAAAAACCAGGGAGCCCUCUCUAAUCCAUCUCACUGAUCCUCUUUUACUUUUUUUUUUGUGAGAGCAUUUUCCCUCCCUCUGGGGCAUCCUUUCCUGGUCUCUCUGUAGGUGCCACAUGCUCCAAACUUCAUCCUGGCCAGGUCCAUGAAAAGUCUGGGGCUGGUGUAAAAAUUGUCCAUAUAAAUAUGGUACCCAGUGCCAAGAUAGGCUGGUCGAAUGAGGUCCAUGACCACAUCAUAAGACAGCCCGUUCUCACUAACAGUUUGAGCCUUUCCUGUAUAAAUACUGAAGCUGCAGGUGUAGCCACUGCUUGAGUCAGCCAAGACAAAUAAUUUUAUACCCCAUUUAGCCGGCCUGUCCUUCAUGUACUGAGUCAUGCCAGUUUUCGCCUUGGUUGCCACCAUCCUCUCAUCCACAGACAGCUCCCUCCUCGGGUGGUAAUAAGCCUGGCAGGCAUUGAGGAUGUCAUCGUAGAGAGGUCUGACUCUGAACAGUCUGUCAUGGCCUGGUGUUCCCUUCUUUUUGUCAUUCUUUACAUCUUCUUCUGGAUCACUAAGGUGGAUAUUCCAGAAGAUUGACCUGAACCUGUCUCUGGACAUGGUUUUGGAUGGCAUGGGCACAGACAAAAAGUGAUUAUAUCUCCAGUAGUCUUGGAGACUUGGUAGCGACACUAACGACAUAUAAAUAAGGAGACCAAAAAACUGCAGAUCCUCCUUCUCCAUGUCAGUCCAACUGUAUUUUUUCCCUAAUUCUUUAUUUUUUGCUGCAUGCUUGUUCGUGUUGCUGCAGAUAGUUCUGACUGUGUCAGCGGCAAAAAACAGAAGAAAAAGGUCUUCUGGACUCUGGGGGGAAUGUGGAUCUACCUGGACCCCUGGUGGUCUCUGAGGCUGAAACCUGCUCACUGCUGGAGCUCUGUCAGCAUCCUCCCCGGUCUUCCAGGGCUCGGAGCUCAUGUGUGGCUCUGCUGCCUGCGCCGUUCCGUCCUCUGGGUGGUUCUCCGACUACGCACACACGUCAGAGGGUUCUCUGCCCUUCUCUCCUCCUCUCUCUCCUCCUCCAAAAGAAACGAGGGAUCACCCGCUUCAUCGUCAGAGUCCUCGUCCGGCUCAUACUGUGACCCGGCUGUGUCUCCCUCAGCUUCCUCUUCCUCGAAGAAAAGCGCUAGCGCCCGCUCCACGUCCAUCAAACGCCUCAUUGUCACACAAAACAAAAAUACAACUGCACUACACACUAAACUACACAGUACAACACACAACUACACCCAAAUAUUCACUCAAAAUACGCUAAAUGUCACAAAUCACUCGAUCUCAAAACUCACUAUCGCUUUCGCCGUCUCUCUCUAUCACCACCGCUACUCCCACAACUUUCUCCUCCCCUAGCAACCAAAACCCGCUCUUUGCCCUGUAACUUUUGAUUGGUUGUUGUGAUAAGGUUUUUACCGAUAGGAGAGUUGUUAUCGUGCAUCUUUUUUGUUUUAUUCUUUUCCGCUUUCAAGAACUUUCAGGAGCUUGUUUUCCUGUUUCUUACAGCACCCGUGUGACGAAAACGAUCAGGGAAAAGUAUGGCGUACAUAUUUCAUUAUAACUCUGGUUUUAUUUGGUCUAUCAACACAAUAAAGUUUGAAGUCCACACCUUGGAGACAAGUUAAAACAAAGACUCAGCGAGGCUCCGUCUUGCAGCUACAUCCGUUUAAAUAUGUCACAUGAUUUUGAUGCUCAGGAGCGUCUAUCGUCUCCAGAGGGUUGAAGCGUUUUUUGUUUAUACGCCACAAAAUAAGAUGCUCCUUUAAUCGAUUCCUGCCUACCCCACCUUUAAGACUCGCGUGUUUCCGUCUUCUUUUAGGUACAACAACAAGACCUACAGGAUCGACGAAAUUGCGUGGGAUCACACUCCCAAGAACACCUUCAAGAGGAACGACACAGACGUCAGCUUCAAGAGCUACUACAAGAGCGUAGGUGUCGACCUGUGGAGAUAAAAAUGACUCUGAUUGAAAGAAGACAGCGGUUAACUCUGAUCACUUACCUGUUCGUAGCAAUACAACCUGGACAUCACUGACGACAGCCAGGCGCUGCUGCUCAGCCGUCUGAAGAGGCUGGGUCCCGCUGGAGCUCCUCCACCCGGCCCGGCCUUGCUCAUUCCAGAGUUCUGCUACCUCACAGGUGACUUCUUCUGUCGUGGCGACAUGUGAAGCAUGCAGCGCCGCUCACCUUACUGCUGAUCGCUGCACGUUGUCUCAGCCUGUCCCCUCUCUCUCUCUCUCUCUCUCUCUCUCUCUCUCUCUCUCUGUUGUGUUUUCAGGCCUCACUGACAAGAUGCGAGGCGACUUUACCGUCAUGACUGAACUGAGCAAGCACACCAGACUGGGUCCGAGUGACAGGGAGGCCCGCCUCACCAGAUUCACCUCAAAUAUUCAGAGGUAGGCGAUCAGAUGAUGAUGAUCGGUGAGGAACCAGCCGUGUGUUUUUCCUGUUUUUUUUCCCCCCACUUUUAUGUCCUUUUGGUUGCGUCUUUUUUCCUGUUUGCACCUGGAGGCAGAAUAAUCUGACUUUGAUUUUAAAUCCUUAAAAUAAUUCCACAGCGACAGUGAGGCCCAGAAAGAGUUGGAUACGUGGGGGCUGCACUUUGAUAAGUCGCUCCUGACGCUGAAUGGCAGAAUCCUCCCGGGGGAGAGGAUUUUCCAGGGAUCAAGAUCGGUAUAAUGUGCUUUUGGUCGGGUACGUUUGCUCUGUUGAAUUCAUUAAUUAGGGGAUUAACAUAAUUAUGUCUCUCACCUAGUACGAGUUCAAUAUGUACAGUGCUGACUGGUCCAAGGAGAUGCGUGGGGUUCCUCUGAUCGGCUCUCCUCCCCUGAACAACUGGUUCGUGUUUUACACCGCCCGCAACAAAAAGGAAACCAGCGCUUUCCUGGACAACCUCCACAGAGUCUCGAGUCCGCUCGGCAUCCGCAUGCAGAGACCUGUCAUGUGAGUUUUAGCUUCAGAGUCCUCAUCCAGUAAGAAGGUUUGUAGCACCAUCCUGUGGUGAAAGGCGGGGACUGCAUCUCCCCUGCGCUCACACACUAAAGGACCAGUUUGAUUCUGAACUCAGUUUGACGAGUUUUCAAAGAUUUCUCGUCCAAAUUCAGGAUCGAGUACGAGGAUUAUCAGGAGUCUCUGCUCAGAGCCCUGCAGCACAACGUGACACCUGACGCGCAGAUGGUCAGUGAGCGGACGCACAAACCGGCGCCCAUCUAACUCGAAGACAAGAGUCGCCCAGGUUUACUAACGCUGCCGUCUCUUCGUCAGGUCAUGGUCGUCCUCCCCAACAACAGGAAGGACAAGUACGACAGCGUCAAGAAGUACCUUUGCGUGGAGUGCCCCGUUCCCAGCCAGUGCGUGGUUGCCCGCACCAUCAGCAAGCCGAAGACGAUCAUGACCGUGGCGACCAAGAUCGCUCUGCAGAUGGCGUGCAAGAUAGGAGGGGAGCUGUGGAGUGUGGAGAUCCCCGUGAGUUGUUUUUGUUCUGAAUUUAGUUUUAAUUUGAAGGAGCCAAAAAUACGACUGCAUGACGUUUCCAAGUAUUACUUCAACGCCACAUUGAGAUGGUGGAGGUCACGGGUUUGAUCCCGCCCUAACCAGCAGAAAUACAAGAAGAAGAGUUUUUAUUUUCUGAGACAUUUAAGCGACACUUUGGUAAUUUGACUUGAAUCUCGUCAAACUGAUUUUUAACUUGUCUCGCCUCUUCGCAGCUCAAGCACCUGAUGAUCGUGGGCAUCGACUGCUACCACGACAUCUCUGCAGGGAAACGCUCCAUCGGCGCUCUGGUGGCGAGUCUGAACGGCAGCAUGAGCAGGUGAGUUUGAACAGCAGCUGUGAUUCACUCGGUCUCCUCUCAUUCUCGGCUGGUUGUUUCGAACAGGUGGUACUCCAAGUGUGUGCUGCAGCACAAAGGUCAGGAGAUCAUGGACGCGCUGAAGGUCGCUCUGAGCGGUGAGGGCGUUUUACGUUCUUCUCUCAUGGUCUUGUUUACGUGUUAAAACACCUUUAGUGUGAUCGUCAUGUCUGUUAAUUCGACAGGCGCGCUGAAGGACUACCUGAAGUUCAACAACUGCCUGCCUUCACGCAUCAUCGUGUACAGAGACGGCGUGGGAGACGGCCAGCUGCACAGCGUGGUCAACUACGAGAUCUCUCAGAUCCUGGAGUCCAUCAAGUCCAUGGGACACGACUACGUGUGAGUGGCUGACCGGUGCUGGAAGGUUCGGUCCGUAACAGUUUGGGCUGUUUUUGAAACCGACUGUUUGUCUUUUCUGCUCGUCGAAGGCCCAAGCUGUCUGUGGUGGUGGUCAAGAAGCGGGUCAGCACCAGGCUCUUUACCAAGCUCAACGGAGAACCAGCGAACCCUCCUCCCGGGACCAUUGUGGACACAGAGAUCACCCGUCCAGAGUGGUGCGUGUUUUUGUUGAACCCUAACACCUUUAAUUAUAGUUCAGACUAAAUCGACUGAAAAUAAUCGAGUUUUUUUGUUUUUCAGGUACGACUUCUUCAUCGUGAGUCAGGCUGUCCGCUGCGGGAGCGUCUCCCCGACUCACUACAACGUGAUCUACGACACCAGCGGACUGAAGCCCGACCACAUGCAGCGCCUCACCUACAAACUGUGCCACAUGUACUACAACUGGCAGGUAGGUCCGCUCAGGAUCAGACUUCAGUUUUCAGAGGAGUGAGAUCUCCGGUGACGCUCCCGUUUCUUUUGCUUCUGCGCCACAGGGGACCAUCCAAGUCCCCGCCCCCUGCCAGUACGCCCACAAGCUGGCCUUCCUGGUGGGUCAGAGCAUCCACAGAGAGCCCAACGUGAAACUGGAGGACCUCCUCUUCUAUCUGUGAGGGAGGAUGAAGAAGCGUUCGUCUCUGACCUCUUCUCGGUUUAACCUGUUUGAAAGGUUUUCUUUAGUUUGAGUCCGAAGAGUCUGUGUAUUAAAUUACACAGUUUUUCAGUAGACCUACAUUUAACCACCAAGAGGAUGAAGAUGAUCAGGAUUUAAAACAUUUCAGUUAAUUUUAGCUCGUUUUAAAUGAGUUAUCACAUCAAGAGUCAUAGUUUGGAGUGAUUAGUAGACGUUUGUUUACUCUAGUGAGGAGUACAUGUUCAGUAAAAACGGUCCUCUGUUUCUAAACGUUCGUAAAGUUCUAAUAAAAGUUUGUGUUGCACAUUAUUUCUGCUCUUCUGAGUGAAAACACGUUCAAAUGUUAGAAAAUAUCAAAUUUAUUUAGAUUGUUGUUUUGUCUUUUGUUAGAAAAGAUUGCACAUGCACACCCACACAAUAGUUUUUUUUUGUAUCCAUCAAUAUAGGCUGAUAAUUCUUAUCAUAAAGCUAGCACACAACUGCAGACUCUUUAAACAAUAUUGUCUUCAAGACACCAUGGGGAAAGCUUGCACUGUCUGAUUAUAAAGUUAAAUGUACAAAAAAGGCAGUUUGAAAAUCAAGUAUAAACAUUUAAAAACAAUUUUACAAAUGGACAAAAAGUACAAAAAGAGCAACAGUCACUCAAAAAUGAAUCAAAGCAAACGUCUGAAGACGAAGAAGAAGAAGAAGACAUGGUCCAGAAAGAGGAGAAAGAUGGACGUCGGUGUAGCGCAGGGGGGUUUCAUGGCUGUUGGCCGAGAGAGUAUCAGAAUGUUUUUGCAUACAUUCUUUUUUGGCAGUUUCAGUUCAACUCGUGUGUAGAAAAAAUAGGCUAGAUUCAAUCUUUUUCAGUACAAUGAGGAUGAAAUGGAAAAAAAAAAACUGAAGAAAGGUGGAAAGAAAGAAAAGAAAGAAAGGUGGACUGUUUCAUUUCACGCACAAAGACGAACAUCUGCACAAUCCUUUUGGGCAGCUUUGAAAAUACAUUGGCUUUCAAUUCAUCAUACAUUCACUACUCUACAUUAAGGUGUAGAUAUAGAUAUAUAGAUAUAGAUAUAUAGAUUUAUUGAUAUACAGUACUUUGUAUCCUGCACCAACAUCACUCGGGACACACUGAACAGGCAUCACUGACAGAUUGGCUUGAAUGAACAUGUUUCCGAUCGAAUAGGUCUGGGGUCGGACAGGUCGAGGUAGCCUUGUGUCUCACUGUCAAACCCUCUCGUCUCCUAGCGGUGCGCGUCAUGGAUCAGAUGCAGUACAGUAACAGGACUCUGUUUGCUGAUGCUUUAUGACACAGUACGUCUGUUUCCUCGGUAGAGUAGUCGUGUUUUAUCAGAUGUGGAAAAAAAAACAGUGAAAAAUAAAUAAAUUCUCUUUAUUUUUUUUGCCCUUUUCUUUCUUUUCUAGAAGAUUAAAAAUAAUUUUCUCUCUUUUUCGGGCUCGUCUGUUGACGGUUUACACGUAAAGCUCACGACAGUCACACGGUACCCUGCACACCACGAGUCAGGAUGAACGUCUGCAAACGUCAGAUCGACGACGUAAAUGAAAAAAAAAAGCAGGCAUGGAGACAGAGACUGCACGCUCUACUGGACUAAAAGUACGAACCAUUGUGCGAUAAUAAGGCAAAUACAUGGAGGUUGGAUCUACGAGGCAUUUCCAUUCAGGCUGAUUCGACUGCAGAGACCCUGUGGUAGGUAAGUAGGUAGAGCAUGUGCUUGUUUGGAGGCGUCUGACAUGUCGGAGGGGAACACUUGGCUCUCUCACAGUAGUUAAAGUAGGACAGAGGAGGAGGAGUUAAAUCUGCUGAUUUGUCACAGUAUACUGCACAGCGGCGCUGCGAUGUUAAAAUACUGCACGCUCCAGGUUCAGAGCUGAACCCAUCAUGUCUGAGAGGGAGUCAGUAGGAGGGAAUGUGCUGAAGUAAAAGCAUGCAGCAGAUCAGGUCUCUCUGUCUGCGGUUAUUAAACGGAGCCCUCAGUGUUUGACAGACAUUCUGGUCAGACUCAUUAUUUGUGGUGUUUUUUAGCCCCGUCUCUCUCAGUCUACAGCCCAACGUCAUCAGCCGGGAGACCUGGAGGUAAGAAACUCCUCUGCAGACUCCCCCCCCGAGGUCUGGAGACCUUAAUAUGAAAUGUGAUUAAAAAUAUGUCCUCAAUACAAAUAUUCUAGUUUACAACAGAUGUACAAGAAUAAAGCGUUCGCCUGUUGACUGAUCGUUUUAGGAUGAUGACACUCGGUGUUUUUAUUUUACAGCGCCCAGUCUCUGCAAUAGUUUCUUCCCUUUGGAGAGCAGUCCCUUUCUCUGAUUGGAGGAGUACAUGUCCAGUGGGGCCCUGAUGGGGCUGCCGGGCCCCACGGUGGCAGGGCCGGAGCCGUGGAUGUGCGGAGAGGCUGCUCUUCUGGGCGGAGCCGAUUUUUCCAUCGGAACCUAAUGGGAGACCCGUAAGGGACAGUUGAGGGUGUUAAACAGACCAAGCGUCUCUGUCCCACCUCAGCCUCUACUCCCCUCCUUCUCUUUUAGUCCUUUCUGUCUCAGUAGGGCCACCAUAGCUCUGAAGUCUACCCCCCUGGAUGUUGUCCUCC